AUGCCAAUUACAAACAAUGAUGAUGAGGUGAUCAUUACCUCCCCUUCUAAUGGUAAGACUCAACUUAAGGUGUUGAAAUAUGGUGCCACGGUGUACUCAUGGACCGUCAACGGCAAGGAGCAGCUCUGGCUCUCGGAUGCUGCCAAAUUGGAUGGCUCCAAGCCUGUGAGGGGUGGCAUUCCACUUGUUUUUCCAGUCUUUGGUAAAUCUACUGACGCUAGUGUCUCUAAAAUGCCUCAGCACGGAUUUGCCAGACGAUCGACUUGGGAAUUCCUUGGCCAGACCACCGAAAAUCCCCCAGCAGUCCAGUUUGGCUUGGGCCCAGAAUUGGCAGAUCAAGAGGUCUACAGUAAGUGGGAUAAUGGAGACAACGAUUUUACUCUUGUGUUAACUCUUACACUUGAGAAUGACAGUAUUAGGACCAGAAUUGAUAUCAGCAAUCCCGAUAAGAAGCCUUGGAAGUUCAACUGGCUUUUCCACUCUUACUUGAAAGUCGACGAUAUUGAAGACGUGUUAGUUAACAACUUACCUGGAGAGAUUUGUUACGAUCAGGUUAUUGAAGAGAGCUAUGAGGAAAGAGAGCCUGCGGUGAAUUUUGCAGGCGAAUUGGACAGAAUUUACCAAAACGUGUCGACCAAGAAGCUUCUUCAAGUGAUUGAGAUGGGGAAAGUGGUUCAUAAUGUCCGGAGAAAGAACUUGCCUGAUGUGGUUAUCUGGAAUCCAUGGACGGACAAAUCCAAGGGCAUGGCUGAUUUCGAGCCGAAGAAUGGCUAUUUAAAGAUGAUCUGUGUGGAGCCUGGUUAUGUUCAUGACUUUGUAACGUUGAAGCCCGGUGAAAAAUGGAGUGGCGAGCAGAUAAUAUACAAAGGUGAUGCUGUCAAAAUGCAGAGUGUUUAA